AAAAAAAAAAAAAAAAAAAAAGAUUCCAGUGUUCCAGAAUUCGAACCACAACGUUUUGCUUCUGAAAGUCUGCAAUCUAACCACUCGGCCACACAAGCAUGUUGUCUGACGAAGAUGUUAAAACUAUUUAAGAAACAAAAGAGUUUAUAAAACGAAAAGUUAUAAAUGACAACUAUAGGUCCUGUCCUACCAAUGUACCAGAGUUUAAUAAAAGAAUGGGCAGAAAAGCCUGUAAAUCUUGACAAAGUUGGUAAACUUUUAACAAGUAUGAAGCUUGCUUUGACUGAGCUGCAAUUUAUGCCUACAGGAGUAGUACCAUCGCACCAAGAGUUGAUUUUAGCACGAGAUGUAUUAGAAAUCGGAGUGCAUUGGAGCAUAGCAAAAAAAGAUAUACCUUCAUUUGAACGUUAUAUGUCACAAUUAAAAUGCUAUUAUUUUGAUUUUAGUGGAAUCGUACCCCAGUCACCCUACAUGUAUCAGUUACUUGGACUAAAUCUGAUGAGAUUCCUGGCACAAAAUCGACUUGCAGAGUUUCAUACAGAGUUAGAAUUAUUGCCAGCAAAAGAACUUUAUGACAAUGUUUAUUUAAAAUGUCCAGUUCAACUUGAGCAGUACUUGAUGGAGGGCAACUAUAAUAAGGUGUUUUUAAGCAAAGGCAAUGUACCUGCUGAAAGUUAUCAUUUUUUUAUUAAUAUUCUUUUGGAUACAUUAAGGGAUGAAGUAGCUGCCUGUAUUGAAAAAUCAUAUAGUCAUAUUUCAACAAAAGAAGCUUGCAGAAUGCUUUUCUUUGAUAAAGAAGUUGAUUUAACAAACUAUGCUGCCACUCGAAAAUGGGAAAAAGAUUUAUCUAAAAAUUAUUUUUUCGAAACUAAGCAGCAAACAAAUCACGAAAUACCAUCAGUUAAGUUAAUUGAGCAAUUUCUUGGUUAUGCGAAGGAAUUAGAAAGAAUUGUUUAACAGAGAAACACAAUUGUUUGAGCUAAUAACUUUUACUCUAUUUAUUCAUUUUCAUUUAUAAAAAAUAUUUUAUUAUUUCAAAGAUAUUUAGGGUUUACAAAA